AUGGCGGAGGAGCUUAUGUUCAAAUGUCUUUCGGCCCUUCUGCUGCCGGACCAAUCCAUCCGUCAGGCGGCAGAGCAGCAGCUUAAUGAGCUAUCCUCUCAGUCCGGCUUUGGCGUGACGCUCGCUCGUUUGUCCCUGAGUUCUGGCUGCCCAUUGCCCAUCCGCCAGCUAGCUGGCGUAGUGCUGAAGGGCUACAUCAACGCUCACUGGGACUCAGCAGACGUCAAGUUUGUAGAGCCUCAAACUACCCCACAAGACAAGGCGGCCAUCCGUGCGAUACUGCCCCAGGGACUCGCUGAUCCCGAGAGCAAGAUCCGUACGGCGUCGGCCAUGGCGAUCGCUUCGAUCGCGCACUGGGACUGGCCCGGCGAAUGGCCCAACCUCAUCGAAGAGCUCAGUAAUGUGCCCACCUUUACUCACGUUCCUCGUGUCAAGUGCCUCGACAUGAACAACGCGCAGCUCAUGGACGGCGCCAUCAAGUGCCUCGAAAUGUUCGCCUCGGGCGACAACCUGAGCGAUGAGCACCUGCCCCGACUUAUCCCCCUCCUCUUCCCGCACCUCUUGCGCAUCUUCUCCUCGGACUACCCCGAGCGCAUCCGAGCUCGUGCCGGUUCGAUCUUCUACUCGUGUCUCGAAUGGCUCUCUGUGAUCAAGAGUGUGCACGCCGAGAGCACCGAAGCCUUCCGACCAUUCCUUCCCCAGUGGACAGCGCACUUUGCCGAGAUCCUCGCUGCCCCGCUGACCUCACCCGACGCUGACUACGGACUCAAGAUCGUCGUGUUGCAGAUUCUGACGAUCCUGGUGAUGAGGUUCCCGAAGCAAUUGGGUCCUUUCCUCAACGGAAUCGUGCCUCAAGUCUGGAACUCUCUGGUUUCGGCGCUCGCGAUUUACGAAGAGUUUGUUGUCGAGGGCGACGGGAUUGAGGCUGCCCAGGACGAGGAAGGCGAGAUGCGCGGGCUGGAGAUGUUGAUCAUGCUGCUGCUUGACUUUGUGCAAUGCCUUCUCUCCAAGAAAGCGUUUGCCCAGGUCUUCGCCACUUCUCUGCCCAGCCUGUGCGCCCUGCUCAUUUCCUACAUGCAGAUCACUCAAAACCAGCUGGAGACAUGGACGGAUGACCCCAAUGAGUACGUCGCGGACGAGGACGAUGAAAUCCGCUUCAACGCACGCGCAUCCUGCACCCAUCUCCUGCGCGAGAUUGCCCAGCAGUUUGGUCAGGCGGCGACCCAAGCCAUCGCUCUGGGUGUGGGGAAGCGACUUCAGGAGUCGGUCAAGCAGCAGCAGAGCGGCAACCGUUCGUGGUGGAAGCUGCGGGAGGCUUCCGUAUUGGCCGUGGGCUCCACGGCGGAGGUGCUUAUCAACGCACCGCAGGGCUUCGACCACCAUCAGUUCAUGGCAGCCAUCCUGCAGCCCGACCUGCAAACUACCGCCUCGCCCUUCCUCCGGGGUCGUGCUCUGUGGUGCGCGUCGCAGUUCAGCCACGCAGUGGCGGCCGACAAGUCUCUGCCCUUCAUCCAGGCAGCUGUCGCUUCGCUGCAAUCACAGCAGGACCCACUCCCGGUCAAGAUUUGCGCCUGCCGCGCUCUUGCCAGCUACUGCCCCAAGCUCGAAGAUAAGGGCGUGAUUGGACAGAUGGUCCCUCCCACCGUCCAAGGUUUGGCCGUGCUUCUCGGACAGACGUCGGAGGAGACCCUGCACCUCACCCUGGAGACACUGCUCGUGGUCCUCUCCACCGCCGGCGAGGCGGUCCGCCCCUUUGUUGAGGGUUUGACGCAGCAGCUGAUCCGAGUGUGGGGCCAGUGCAUCAAUGAUCCCCUCAUCACUGCCGAUAUUCAAGACUGCUUGCGCGUGCUGGCCAAGAUUCCCGACUGUGCCGCUAUGCUCAAGGCUGCCCUGCUCCCCUAUCUGAUCCAGCUGAUCAGCCCGGCGCCCGAAGGCAAGGACGAGGUCAUCUACGGAGCCAGAGAGGUGAGUGUCCGCCACGCCGGCCCUGCAUCAGUGCAGCUGCUCACCAUGCUGGUCCACGCCACGCCCGACAUGCAGCCCAGCGACCCGCUCUUGACCAAGGCCUUCCCGGUGCUGGUCCAGCAGCUCAUCACCACCGCCGACAACAGCCUCCUCAACGAAGGCUGCGCGUGCUUGUCGGCCUACGUGUCCCGCGCUCCAGGCCUGCUCCUGCAGUGGAACGACGGUAGGUCCAACGGCAUCGGCUACAUUCUCCAAUUCGUCGGAAGGCUGCUGCAGCCCUCGACGUCCGACAUGGCGGCCCUCUACGUGGGCCCUCUGGUCACGAAGAUCAUCAGCAAGUUUAAGACUGUCAAGGCCUUCCAACUCAUGGACCUACAUACUGAUCCACACCUACAGCUGGGAGGUCAACUCGGUGCUGGCACGCUGACGGACAUGCUCAAGGCCGUGCUCGCUCGGUUGCAGACUCAGUGCAUGCCAUCGCUCGCUCAGUCGCUGGUGUUGAUCUUCGCUCGCUUGAUGAUGGGCGGCAUCGUCCCCGGUAUCGGAUCUCCGGCCCAGACCAAGGAGAUCCGCGAUUUUCUCAGCUCGAUUCAGGUCGCGGAGAACACCACAGCGUUGACAUUCGUAUUCCAGACCUGGGCCAAGCAACAAGAUGACUUCCAUGGCACGCUCAACAUCAAGGCCAGCAUUCUGGGCCUGCUCAACCUCUUCUGCCUGCAGGACCAACAGCUGUUGAGCAUGCCCGUGGAGGGCGAUAUAAUCGUACAGAGGGAUCAGGGCAGGUCUUCCCGAUCCAAGGCUAAGGCCGGCCAGACCCCUGUUCAGCGACAAACGGUGCCGCUCGCGGUGAAGGCCCUUAAGGCCGCCGUGCAGGAGCUCAUGGUGAUGGCCGAGCAGAAGGAAGGCGGAGGCGAAGAUGACGGAAGCGACGACUCCGACGUCGACGAAUACCAAGACGACAUGAAGGCCCUCAUGGCCGAGAUGGGCGCAGACCCGUCGACGGGAGGUUGGUUGAUGGACCAGCUCCUCGACGACCAUCUCGAUGAAGAGGAAGAGGAGGAUCCCGACUGCGUCAACGAUCCCCUUUAUCAGCUGGACCUCAAGGCGUUCCUGGAGGGAUUCCUGAAGAACUUCGCAACGCAGAACCGGGAGGCGUUCGGGAUGGUGGCCAACAUGCUGCCGUCCCUCGAGCAGCGGUUCCUCAUCGAUCUCCUCAAGCGGCUCGCCUCCACCUCUUCGUAG